AUGUCAGAAAAAAAUAAAAUCUUAAAAAACACAAAUAUAUACAUCGACAACGAUCUCACUAGCCAACAACUAUUGGUGGCAAACAAACUACGAAUUUUCGCCAGGGAAAAUAAAGACAAGCAAAUAAAAAUAGGUGGCCAAAGAGCCCUAAUAGAAAAUAGCUGGUUGUAUACAUGGGAUGUUACAAACGACAAAAUAAUUCCAAUAACGACCAAACCCAAACCCAGCAACAGUCCUUACUCUCAUGUCACUAAUAUCGCCAAAACAUCAAAGCAGGUGCCAGCAAUCAGGACAAAUCAACUUGGUCGAGCAAGUGGAGGGAUCCUGCUUAUUAAGCGUAAGUCAAUCCAUUGUAAAAUUCUUAAUCAUUCUAAAAACUGGAUACUAGUCUUAAUAACAUGUUUUACAUUCAAGCUACUGUGCGGAUUCGUCUACUUUCGCCCACAUGAAGACUUGUGGGUAGAUCUAGCAAACCUCUACAGCAACCUUGAAUCAACUUACACCGAAUUCAAUGCAUUACCAUUCUAA